AUGAUUCAGGACCCGAACCUCGAAGGCAUCAAACUGUCGGCGAAAAAGCAGUACUGGUUCUGUGCUGGGCCUCGUACCUCUGUAGGUGGAGACAGUACCUACCUUACAGCACUACCCGCCCCGCUACCCCACCCUGCCUUUGCUACCUAUGUGCAGUACAGCAACUUAGAAAGCAAGCCGUUGGAGCAGCCGUGGGCCAUUCAUGCUCGAUUCGAUCUCGCUCUUGCUCUCGCUCUUGCUCGUGCUCUUGAGGCAGAGCGGAAGAGCUGCGCGUCUGGCAACGGCGUAAGGGAGAUGAACGGGAAGUUAGCACACCACAUACCACAUACGACGCUGGUCAACCACCAGGAACUCUUCAAGAUACUCGAGUCGUAG